AUGUCACUUAUAGAUUAUGCUACAAAAUUAAUGAAGUAAAUAUUUAUUAAUAAUUCUAGUCUUUAUUGUGUAUUUCAAAUAACUUGGAAGACCUAUUAGGCUUUCAAAAAAUAGAAUUAAGAAUUUGAAGACACUUUAUUAAUUAAAUGGUAAUGUUAUAGAGAAUAUUUAGGGUACUUCUUUACUCUUUCAUUGAACUUGAAUGGAUGCUUAUUUUAUUUUUAGAAUUAAUUCCCUUUGGUUUCUUAUGUCCAUUUAUAAUUAAAGGAUAUAUUACAUUACCUCACUCAAAAUGGCAUGAUUUUGUAUAUAAAUUGAUAUAAAAAUUGGAAAUGGAUGAAUAUUCUAAUACUUUUUAUAUUUACUUUACUAAAUUUAUGAGAUAUCUUCUUAUUCCUUGUUUAGGAGUAUGUGAUUUUAUAUAGUCUUUAAGGUUGUGGAAAAUUGUAUAGAUUUAGUAAGAGCUGAUGAAUUAGAAGCUUUGGAAUAAAAAGUUAUUAGGAUAAAGGAGAAGAUGUUAAAUAAAAUUUAAUCUGUAGAAAUGAAUAAGUAAAAAUAAAGAAUAAGACAUUCAGAGUUUACAUAAGAUAACAAUAAUAAAUAAAUUUAAAGUGUAUUAGCUAAAGUUUAAGAUAAUCAUUAAUUUAAAGAUUAUAUUUUAAAUUUUAAUCCAUUAAAUAAUGAAAUUUAAUUUAUAGAUCCAAUAAGUAGAGAAUGUAUUCAUAAAAGUAAUAAUAAUUAAUAUGGAAUUUAGGAAAUUUAGCACUUAUUAAUAUAAGUGAAGAUUUUUCAUUGAAAGCAACAUAUGAUGAUGGAGAUGAUAAUUUAGAAUUAAUAAAAUUACAUAAUAGUGAAGAUAUUAAUUAAUGGUUAAUACCAGUUCUUGAAAUUUUGAUUUAAUAAAAUUAAGAUGAAUGA